AUGGUGGCUGACACUGAACUUGAGAACCCCUUGAGUACUCCGUACGAAGAGGGAACCCACAAAUACAGAACAAGUGAAAGACGCUUACCCCGUACACCUCGCCAUGAGCAGAUGGCCAAAUCCGUGGACAUUGCAGUGGAAGGAUUACGAUACGAGACGUCACGACAACGUCAAGACAACGUAAAGACUACUAGCUUAGACGUGUCCCGACACCGCGGUGGGUAG